AUGGGCAAAUUAAUCAGCAUCGAGCUCUUCAACUUCAAGUCCUACCGCGGCCACCACACCCUCCUUUUCGGCGACUCCUACUUCACCUCCAUCAUUGGGCCAAAUGGCUCCGGCAAAUCCAAUUCCAUGGAUGCGAUAUCUUUCGUCCUCGGCAUCAAAUCGAGCCACCUCCGCAGCACCCACCUCCGCGACCUUAUCUAUCGCGGACGCGUCCUACGCACCUCCAGAAUCAAUGCGGACGGCACAGCCACAGAGGCGCCACCUGAGACCGGUGACGACGACGACGAUGAUGAUACCCAGCGCAGCUCCCAGCGCGGCGAUCCCACCACCGCCUGGGUACAGGCCGUAUACGAGGACGACGCAGGCGAAGAGCAACGCUGGAAGCGGACCAUCACCGCUCAGGGCACGUCAGAGUACCGAAUUAACAAUCAGGUCGUGAGCGCUGCUCAGUACAAUGCGGCGCUCGAAGCAGAAAACAUUCUCAUCAAAGCGCGCAACUUCCUCGUCUUCCAAGGCGAUGUCGAAGCCAUUGCCAGCCAGGCCCCCAAAGACCUGACGCUGCUCAUCGAGCAGAUAUCCGGGAGCCUGGAAUAUAAGAAGGAAUACGAGCGGCUGAAAGCCGAGAACGAGAAGGCGGCCGAUGAGCAGAAUUUCCGAUUGAACCAGCGCCGGGCCAUCAAUGGCGAGAUCAAGCAGUACCAAGAGCAAAAGGCUGAAGCCGAUAGCUUUGAGCGCAAGCGAGCGGAGCGCGACCAAGCUAUCGUGACGCACGUUCUGUGGAAGCUCUUCCAUUUCCAGCGAACGAUGGAGGAGAGCGGCGAGCAGAUACGCAGGAAUAACGAAGAACUCAAGGAACAUAGGCGCGGCUUGGAGAAGUUCGAGCAAAGACUCGAGGAGGCCAAACGUGAGCAGGGGAAGGUCACUAGGGAGGUCGGAAAGAUGGAAAGGGCAAUUAAGAGGAAAGAGAAGGAGAUCGAGGACAAGGAGAACAGCCUUGUACCCCUGGACGAGAAGAUCUCGAUCUCGAGUGCGAACAGGAAGAAGUACGAGGCGCGUAUCAAGGAGGUGGAGAAGGAGCGGGAUGCGCAGCAGAAGAACGUGAACAAGCUAAAGAGAGACCUUGAUACGGUGCAGAAAGCACAAAGAAAAUGGGAAGACGAGUGGGCAGCACAGCAACAAGCGGCUGGCCGUGAUCUUUCAGAAGCCGAUCUUCAGGAAUAUAACCGCCUUCGCAGCGAAGUAACCAGGCGCACCGCAUCCGACCAAACGAGGUUGGAUCACAUGAACCGUCAACUCAAGACUGACUCCGAAACGGUAAACUCCCUCCGCUCAAAACUCGAGUCUGCCGAGGCCCAAGUCUCCAAAUUAGAGUCCGAAAUCCAGGACCUCAAGGAGCGCCGCGCAGCCAUGGACGCACAGACCAAAUCAACGCAAAAGGAGAUCGAGGUCAAGAAGAGAGACUUCGAUGCCUUGACCUCCGAGCGCCUCCGUUCCGCCCAAAAGCAAACCGAGCUUGAAGAAAAGCUACAAGAAGUCCUGACCAAGCUCAUAUCAGCCGACGCAGACCGUCGCACGUCUGAGAAAGAACACCGCGCCAAAGAGACCGUGGCCGCGAUGAAACGCAUCUUCCCCGGCGUGCGCGGCCGCAUCUCUGACCUCAGCCGCCCCAAACAGAAGAAAUACGAGACAGCCGUGAGCACGGUGCUUGGCCGACACUUCGACGCCAUCGUCGUCGACACGGAGCGGACAGCCCGAGACUGCAUCCAGUAUCUGCGCGACCAGCGCGCCGGCCAAGCAACCUUCAUUCCCCUUGACACGAUUCAGGUCAAAGCCGUGGACCCCUCCUUAAAGACGGUGCACCGCGGAGCCCGCCUCGCCAUCGACAUCAUCGACUACGAUGCCGCCUACGAGCGCGCUAUGUCGUAUGCAUGCGGCGACGCACUCGUUUGCGACGAUCUCGCCGUCGCCAGAGCCCUCGUCUAUGACCGCGGCAUCGAGGUCAAGGCCGUGACGCUCGACGGCACAAUCAUCCACAAAGGCGGUCUUAUGACCGGCGGACGCGGACCCCAGGAUCGCCAGCGCAGAUGGGAGGACACCGAAGUCGAGAACCUGCGCAGGCUGAGAGAGAAACUCCUCGCGGAUAUAGCUGCGCUGCCGCGUGGCCAUCGCCGCGGUACGGAGGAGGAACAGCUGCAAGGUGAGCUGGCGGGGUUGGAGAGCCAGCUCACAUUUUCGCGUGACGAGGUCAGGGCUCUGGAUCGCAACAUCGCGAGCAAGGAGUCUGAGCUGGCGCACGCCCGGCAGCAGAUUGAGGAAACGCGGCCCAAAUUCGAGGAGCAGUCCGCGCAUCUCGAGGAGCUUCGCUCGAACUUGCAGACCUUCGCGGACGCAAUCGCAAGGGUCGAGGACGAGGUCUUUGCACAGUUCUGCCAGAGGCUGGGGUAUGCGGACAUCAGAGCUUAUGAGAAGCAGCAGGGCACGAUGCAGCAGGAGGCGAGCCAAAGGAAACUGGAGUUUACGAGGCAGAGGAGUCGAGUCGAGAAUCAGCUUGCGUUUGAGACGCAGAGGCUUGCGACUACUACUGCGCGCAUUGAGACGCUUAGGUCACAGGAUCAACGCGAUGCGAACCUCGUUGCUUCGUUGGAAGCGGAGAAAGAGACCAUCAACAAUGAGCUCGACACACUGAAUGCGGAGCUUGAGCAGUUAAAGCAACAGCUCGACACGCUUCGCCAGAAGGCAGAUGAGCGAGCGGGCGCCGUGAACGAGGCAAGGCGGGAGGUAUCGAAGAGGAAUAAGAAUGUCGACGAGACUCUCAAGACAAUUGCGGCGCUCGAGGCUGAGGUCACGAAGUGUAGAGUAGGUUGGUACAACUUGCUGAGGAAGUGUAGAAUUGAUGAAGUGAACAUUCCUUUGGCCGAAGGCUCAGAGAGCCUGGAAUCCCUUCCCCUCGACGAAACCAUCAACGGCACCACAGGCGACGCCAUGGAGCUCGACGGGGACGAAGGCUCCCCGGAAGCAGGACAGGCAACCGAGGCCAGAGACUACGGCAUCAUACCUGACUUCGACGAGCUGGACGACGACCUCAAAGAAGACGACUCGCCCAAGGCUGAAGAGACGUUGCAGGAACGUAUCCAAGCCCUGAACUCUGAACUUGACAAGAUGGCGCCGAAUAUGCGGGCUGUCGACCGCCUUGAAGCUACAUCAGCGCGCCUGCACUCCACCGAGAAGGACUUCCAAGCUGCUCGUCGUGCGGCUGCGCGAGCCAAAGAGGCGUUUGAGGAAGUGCGGGAGAGGCGCGCGGAGUUGUUCAACAAGGCCUUCCAACACAUCUCGGACCAAAUCGGCCCUGUCUACAAGGAGCUAACGCGCAGCACCGCCUUCCCGCUUGGCGGCCAGGCAUACCUCGACCUCGAGGAGGGAGACGACGCGGAGGAGGCGUUCUUGGGAGGCGUCAAAUACCACGCGACGCCGCCUCUCAAGCGCUUCCGCGACCUCGCCCACCUCUCCGGCGGCGAGAAGACCAUCGCGGCCCUCGCGCUCCUCUUCGCCAUACACUCCUACUCGCCCUCCCCGUUCUUCGUGCUCGACGAGGUCGACGCCGCGCUCGACUCCGUCAACGUCAGGCGGGUGGCGGAAUACCUACGGCGAGCUUGCGGGCCAGCAACGACGGGUGGAACUCGCAGCGGCAGCGCGGGCGGGAUGCAGUUUAUCGUCAUCUCGCUGAAGCAGGGCUUGUUUGGGGAGUCGGAGACGCUGGUCGGCGUGGCGAGGGAUCAGGCCAGGAUGAGUAGUAGGACUGUUACGCUGGAUUUGCGCAAGUAUCAGGCUGUUUAG